AUGACCCGGGCAACCAGACAGAGGAUGACUGUGGUGGUUCUUACCCAUGACCCGGGCGACCAGACGAGGAUGAUGAUGUUAAUGGGUGGGGACGAUGAUCCUGUUCCUGGUGUGGGUGUACUUCCCUGUCACCGUGGCACGCCCAGGAAGAUGAAGAUCAGGGUCUCGCUCACGCUGCUCCACAUCUUCAGGAAGUACUUUAUGGUCGUGUGCGACUUGUGCGAGAUGUUCGCCUCAACGUACGGCUUCAUAACGGCGCCGCACGCGAUCAGUCUGAGAGGAGAGAGAGGUUAG